AGAUUAUGGAUCCUUUAAAAACCCUAACCCUAAUUGCACUCUGUUUUCUUCUUCGUCGCUUCGCACACGCCGCUUCUCUCGUUACUUCGAUCAUCAACGGUAUUUCGCCGUGUAUAAUUGAAAAUGAGUCGAGGAAGUGCUGCAGCGCCCAAGGGGAAGAAGAAGGGAGUUACCUUCACCAUUGAUUGUACCAAGCCUGUGGAGGACAAAAUUAUGGACAUUGCUUCUCUGGAGAAGUUUUUACAGGAGAAGAUCAAGGUUGGAGGCAAGGCCGGUGCUCUUGGUGACACUGUGACUGUUACCCGUGAGAAGAACAAGAUUAGUGUCAGUUCUGAUAGUGACUUCUCAAAGAGGUACCUGAAGUACUUAACCAAAAAGUACUUAAAGAAGCAUAACGUAAGGGAUUGGCUUCGAGUGAUUGCAUCCAACAAAGACAGGAGUUUUUAUGAACUUAGGUACUUCAACAUUGCCGAGAAUGAGGGAGAGGAAGAAGAUUGAGAGCUAGGAUCAAUUAUUGUCAUUGUUGCUUGGUCAAUUGUUUAGCGUUGGUUAUCUGAAUUCUGAUGUUGAACAAAUUAGGUUUACAAACUUUUUUAUUUGUUGAAUGGGGUUCAUCUGCAAUGAAUUUUUCUUCCAGAUUGGGAAUAUCCAAAGUGUUCUACUUUU